CAUGCACGCACGCGCUCAGAAUAAUAAACCGCGCGGCGUGCGGAGCGUCCCAGUUUGCUCAGCUGCGUCGCGCGCCGCUCCGCGGGGAGCUCGAGGGAGAAGUAGAAACAAGUGUUUGGGUGAACCCCGCCACUUCGAUGAGCGACAAACGGGGUCGAGGCCCGGUACGCACUUCUCCCAUCGGACGAUGCCUUCCCCACCCUCGGGAGGAGAGCAAACUGGAGACGGGACGCUGCGGCGGGGAGGCGGGGGACGGCGCGGCGGACGGGCGGCGGGGCAGGCGGACGGCUCGCGUGCGCUCUGGAGAUGGAGAUGACGAGCCGCGACCCGCACGGAGACUCCAGGGUGGACUGCGUCAACUGCGAUGGCCCGAUAAGACGCAACUGCGGGGACCCGGCAGAGGUGUCCGUGCCGCUGUCGCUCGCCGGGAAACGGGUCGCUCACAUGGAGGGAGAGGACCUCUACAGACUGCGGGACAGAAAGCUCCUCAUCGGGACAGGAAGCGGCUGUGCGCGCUGGCUCUGGGCACCGCGCUGCUCGGGAUUCUGCUCAUGAUCAUCCACGCUGAAAUAUGUCCUUAUGUAUAUAAACCGGGAACUCACAUCGCAUUAAUCGUCAACUGUUCCAUCAGCCUGUCCACCGGGUGUCUGCUGGUCCUCAUCAUAGCUUUCCAUUAUAAAGACAUCCGGCUGUUCAUCAUCGACCACAACCAGGUGGACUGGCGCAUCGCCGUGUCCAGCCACAGGGUCCUGGUGAUCACUCUGGAGUUGUUGGUCUGUGUCAUCCACCCCGUGGGGUCGUACUGGGAGGUGGGACUCCACGUGAACUCCUCCACCAACUCCACGCCGCUGUGCUUUUCCAAUCACGACGGCGAACUGCUGCAGGACGUGGAGCUGCUGCUGUCAGUGCUGAUGUUCCUCCGCCUGUACUUGGUGCACAGAGCCAUCCUGCUGCACAGCAAAGUGCUGCUGAGCGCCUCCUACCGGAGCAUCGGCUCGCUCAACAACAUCAACUUCACCUUUCGUUUUGUUCUCAAGGUACUGAUGAACAAACACCCGGCUCGUACGCUGCUAGUCUUCAUUCUCUUCUUCUGGCUCACUGCGUCUUGGAUGCUCACUCUGUGUGAAAGGCAGACUCGGGAACCGACAGGCGACAUGGACACGGCUCUGUGGCUCGUCGCCAUCACCUUCCUCACGGUGGGAUACGGGGAUGUGGCGCCCAGCACCAGCUGUGGCAGGGCCGUGUGCCUCUUCACUGGAGUCAUGGGAGUCGCCUGCACUGCCAUGCUGGUCGCGAUCGUCACUGAGAAGCUGGCGCUGAACAAGGGGGAGAAACAUGUGCACUUCUUCAUGCUGGACAUCCAGAUUUCCAAACGGAUCCGCCACGCCGCUGCCAAUGUGCUGAGAGAAUGCUGGCUGCUGCACCGCACCAGCCUGACCAAGGGCAACCGCGGCGAGCACCGGAGACACCAGCGAUGCCUUCUGGAAGCCAUCAGAGUAUUUCGACAUUUACGCCUCAAACAGAGGAAACUGAGAGAUUACGUCAGCGAGAUGGUGGACCUGCCGAAGAUGCAGAUGAUCAUGUGCGACCUCAGCGCCAACUGGAACAACUCCUACCGGGAGCUGGAGCAGCGGAUCCUCUGCAUGGAGCAGAAGCUGGACGAGCUGAGCCGCUGCUUCCAGCAGACCUCCGAGCUGCUCUCUCAGGUCCUGCGCCAGCGUCACGCACACAUCAGGUGACAUGGCUGCACGCCUGCAAAGUUUUCAUCUCGAUGAAAGAUGAAAGUUCUCCACCCAGAGCCGCUGCAGACUCUUCACAUGCUGAACCACUUGGAGGACUGGCGUUCGCACUAAAGAUCUCAUCCUCUGGAAGAGCAGCGAGCGUGCGCCGCUCAGUGACUCACUCCUGUAAACUUAUACAGAUAAAUUAAGACUUGCUUCCACUGGCUGUGGGAAAAUCAGAGUAUUUGGGUUUGGUUGUGUUUUAAACAGAUGUGUUUGGGACGGCGUACGGAGAAGUACAAAAACACUGUGGAGAAUGUAACCGAUCGAGGCUUUCGAGGCAUCUGAUGUCAGAUUUCGUUGAACUAUUUAAUUCAUUCAUUCCUACGGAAGGUGUAGUACUGUGGAACACUUCAAGGCGAAAAUAGUGUCAUAAAGAAGUGUUUUCCACAGUACUGUAUAUUACUUAAAAAAAAAACCUAAUCAAUUAAAAAAAACUUGUGAAUCCUUCUUUACAUCAGUGGAAAGUUUAAUGAUUGAUUGUUAUAAUGAGGCUCAUCAAAGUGAUUCAAAACAUUUCCACACUGAUCCGCUGUCGGAGUGCUUAUUGAUGGAGGGAUGAAAACCAAACGGAGACAUACUGUGGAUGAAAAAAAAACUUCCUUUAUUUCAAACCAAACAAGCGUGGGGUUUCACUGGCUGGCAUACACUAAUCUCACAGGAAAUUAUCAACAUUUAAGGUUUUUAUCAGUUCAUACUAGAAUUUCUAACAGUUCGGGGCUCAGUGACAAAGAGUUUAAAAUCUUGAAGAAAAGUUGGACUAACUUGUCAUUUAAAGACGUGUAGUGAAACGUGUUUAUGUAGGUUUCAUGCUAUCUGACUAUUUUUGACAAAAAAGUAAGAGUGAAUGAAGAAGGAGAAUCGUGAAAACAACAUCAUGGGAGAACUACUGAGCUUUUCUCUUCACACUAUGAUUACAUGUUAUGUCGGAUGAAGAAAAUAGACAAUAGUGAGUCUAAAUAACUACACGCAUGACCGAGUUACCUCUGCGAUGAGUAUAUUUAACCAAAUCCUGUUUGUCACUGACCCUUCCACCUGUCCUAAAAACAAUGCAACUCCUGUCCAAGUGGGCCAAUUUGCUAAGAUCGAUCCAACUGCGCCAUCUAGUGGACACACAAAGUAAACGCCGACUAAUCCAGGUACUGUUGAAAACAGUUUGGCCAACUAUUGAAAACUUUUCCACUCCCUACUAAAACAUCAAAACCUGUUCAACAUGUCGAAGAAGUGAAGCUUUUAAAUCAGAUGGAUUGAAAAAAGCCUGAAAAAACAAACAAACAAAAAAAAAACCCCUAAGUUGACCUCAUUGAUCAGAAUGCACUUUGUGGGAAGAAAAAAAUACAAAAC